AUGGAGAAAACUUUAGAAAAAGAUAAAUACACUAGUGAAGAUGUUUAUAUAACUGACGAGAAUGACAGAAAUAAGUAUAAUGAAAAACAAGAAUUGAAGAAAUAUUGUCAUUCUCAUUCUGUAACUCCAUCGGAUAAUUAUUCAUCAAGAAGUUCAUUGACAGACUCUUCUGACUAUUCCAAUUCAAAUCAUAAUCAGUAUGCUUCAAAGAAAGCACCAUCCAAUGCUCCAAGAUGGGCAUUUACCAGAUAUAAUGGACCAAUAAAAGAAGUCAUUAAAAAGGCUUGCCGUCAAAGAUCAGCAAUAUCACUUGAUCAUCAAGAGGAAAAAUAG